GCUGUUCGAUGCUAAUGCAGAACGCCAUCAGUUGUGUUGUUACAAGGUAGGUGUUGUAUACAGAAGAAGAAGCCGUAUAAGUCCAUAUUAUGGCAAGAAAAACUCAAAUAAGCAUUCUUCUCUCUCUACCCCCCUCACAUCACCACACGGUCUUUCACACCUCCCAGCCCUUCUCAGCAGAGAGGAAGUGGGCAGUGUGGAGAGAAUAGGCUGGGUGGACAGGAUAUAAGUCAUUAAAGCGUUUAGAGAGAGGAAGUGAUAGAAUACAUUGAGAUGGAACACACCUGUCUUCUACUCUUGCUGUUCAGUACACUGGUAUACUCCGGCCUCAGUCAUAAUGGAGUAUCUCUGAGCGUCCGUCCCAACAGAUCUCAGUUCUUUGAAUAUGAGUCUUUAAUUGUGAGCUGUGAGGUUCAAGAGAGCUCUGCUGGAUGGACACUGAAGAGAUACACAUCGACUGGGAAGCUUUCAGCUUGUGGAACCGACUGGGGAAAACAACAAGGUUUUUCAUGCAUCGUGUCACUAAUACUAUCAGACAGUGGGGUGUACUGGUGUGAGUCUGGGUCUGGAGAACACAGCACUGCUGUCAACAUCACAGUACAUGCUGGGGCUGUGAUCCUGGAAAGCCCUGCCCUUCCUGUGACUGAGGGACAUUCUGUGACUCUGCGCUGCCGAUACAGAAAGGACAAGGAAAUUAAUGUAACACACUCAAACCUCACAGCCGAUUUCUACAAAGAUGGAUCCCUCAUCAGGACUGAGACUACAGCAGAGAUGACCAUCCCUGCAGUAUCCAAGUCAGAUGAAGGACUCUACAAGUGUUCCAACUCUGAAGGAGAAUCACCGGAGAGGCUGAUGACUCUGACAGUUCUCUCUCCUCCAGACUCUCUGAGUGUCCGUCCCAACAGAUCUCAGUUCUUUGAAUAUGAGUCUUUAAUUGUGAGCUGUGAGGUUCAAGGGAGCUCUGCUGGAUGGACACUGAAGAGAUACACAUCGACUGGGAAGCUUUCAGCUUGUGGAACCGACUGGGGAAAACAACAAGGUUUUUCAUGCAUCGUGUCACUAAUACUAUCAGACAGUGGGGUGUACUGGUGUGAGUCUGGGUCUGGAGAACACAGCACUGCUGUCAAAAUCACAGUACACGCUGGAGCUGUGAUCCUGGAGAGCCCUGCCCUUCCUGUGACUGUGGGAGAUUCUGUGACUCUGCGCUGCAGAUAUCAGGGAACUCCCUCUGACCUCAAAGCCGAUUUCUACAAAGAUGGGUCCCUCGUCAGGACAGAGACUACGGGAGAGAUGACCAUCCCUGCAGUAUCCAGGUCAGACGAAGGACUCUACAAGUGUUCCAACUCCGAAGGAGAAUCACCGGAGAGACGGAUGACUCUGACAGACCCCACUACAGUGCCAGUGUUGUCCAUGUCUCUGCCCAGGCUGCUGAGUAGUCUACUGGUGGUGUGUCCCUACCUGCUGGUGACCGUCAUACUGCUGGUGAAAGGCAUCAGACGUAGGGCUCAAGGUGAGCGUUUUGAAGAACAGUGAGGCUGAGAAACACCUGAUCACCAUGACAACACUCAGAAUGGAACACACAACAUUCUAAUUCUGGACCUGUUAUUUACACCCAAAACAGUUCUUCUUCUCCUGGCCCAUAAUAGUGGCAUUUAAAAAUAUAUAUAUAUGAUUUUUCUUAUUUUAAGGUGUUUCAAUAUAUGUUGUGUUGUAUAAUUAAUUCAGCAGCAGUCCUUUUAAAUGGGUAAUCUGCAGAUCAAAAAUACAAAACCACCCACUGUUUUGGUAAACAGCUGUGUAACCUAUACAACCGACGUGUGUUUUUGUUCCUGACAUUGAUAUGACUACGACUAUCUGAGAAUAUAACUGAUUGAUUUGAAUAUACAAGUAAUAUAGGCCUCGUGUUUUUUUAUUUUUCAAUUUAACAUCUAGAUACUAUCUGACAUUUUGUAACAUAAAUUAAUUUCCUCAUUCCUGUAUGAAUAAACAUCACAACCACUAGCUGGCUCUCUUUCUCCGUGCUUCCAUAACCAACUAAACUCACUGUGAAACAAAGUGAAAGUAACUUUUUGUUUCACUCUUCUACUUGCCGGUCUUGCUUGAACACGUUUGUGUCGCAUUUAAUUGUUAUGUUUGUCCUAGAUUAUGUUCCUAUGAGGCUUUUGGGCUUUUUUUCCCGGGUUUACUGACCGGAACUCAGUUUUAUUUUCCUAUUACAAACAGCUUUUAGCAACAAUAUAUAAAAAUAAAAUAAAAACAUGUGAAAUGAAGACGUCAGCAGCUUGUUGUUUCGGGGGAAUUAUUCUGUGCAUCGGGCUUUCAUUGAGAGCAACAGGUAGGUUUAAACUUUAAUUAUAGUUUUAAAUUCCGAUACCAGAGAAAUUGUAUUAAAACGGGCACUUGUUUUUAUAAAACACUCCCGUUGAUUUUCGGCCCCAUCGUCAAAAAGACAGAACGACAUGUUUUUGAUUUCCUUACGCUCACAACGUAAGUAAAUACUCUGCCCUGCGUCAUGUCUGGAGACCAUUCCAAUGCGACAGGUGUCGUUGACAACAAACCUUGGUUACUUUCCAAACACUUAACAGACACACCCUCACUUCUGAUGACGAGUUUACACUUGCACGGGGAGGGAGGAAGGAGGAAGGAGAAGGCCUAUUCUGUUUACAAAUUUACGAAGAAGACUGAAAAGUUGUAUUUUUUAUGUCUACAGUAACUAAGGUCUUAGGAACGUGUAUUUGUAAAACAUUUUUUUUUGGUGAUUAGUUUUCAUAUGCACUUAAAAUAGUAGGUACCCUUAAAUUUAAAUUAUUCUUUUGUAUUUUAUUUCUCAGAAUAGUUCCUGAUUACACUAAAGAGGGUUGUUGGUCUCUCUUACUACAGAGAACCCUUGGUUUGGUCUUGAAUAUAAUGUUCAGUUGAAUUUCAACAGCCGGAUAACGUCUAGCUCAGAGUUGAUGGAAUAAGAUAUUUUCACUUUAAGUUGACUUAAAUGGUGCAGAUCUCGGUUCCUUACAUUCACUGCUCCUACAGCUAUUCCUUUUAUAUAAUCUUUGUUGUUUUGUCUUUGUCUAUAUUAUCUCUUAAUGCUAGGGGGGAUACGGAACUGUCAGAUCUCGGUUCUUCAUCGUUUACGUUCACUGCUCCUACGUCUUUGACUCAUCCUACUACAGUUUAUACUUUUAUAUAAUCUUUGUUGUUUUGUCUUUGUCUAUAUUAUCUCUUAAUGCUAGGGGGUUACGGAACAGUGUGAAGUGCAAGGCCUUAUUUUUAUUUGCUAAACAAUUUCAAACAGAUGUUUGCUUUUCUCAAGAGUCUCACUCAAUUUUGGCUGAUGCCAACUUCUGGAGGUCACGGUGGGGCAA